AUGACACCGUCUCCGCACGAAUCAGUGACUUGGUCUGACCCGUCCACCUGGCACUUUGAUAUUGACCGGUACAUAAACCCGUUCGUCCCAGUGCCGCGAUGGCAUCGUGCCCCAAAGCCGGUGGCUCGUAUGCUGGGGUAUCGAGAGGAAUCUCCCAGGCCUCUGGGGAAUAUUUUGAUCGCUGGGUGGUCGUUGAUCGGCGCAUUUUGCGGUGUUGCAUUGGUCUCAUCUGUCUCAAAACGAGUACCCUCGUUCCAGGCCCAUGAUGCACCGGCCAUUAUUGGCAGUUUCGGUGCCGCUGCCGUCAUUCAAUUCUGCGCCAUCGACUCACCCUUUGCCCAGCCCCGUAAUGCGAUAUUAAGUCAAAUUCUUGCAUGCAUCGUCGGUGUCGGUAUUUCGAAAUUGUUCGCCUUGAAUCCUCAUGCCGAAAGGUAUACCGAACUCGGAGGAGCGCUUGCAUGUGGGAUUACCAUAGCCGCCAUGGUCCUCACCGAUACUAUACACCCACCGGCGGGUGCGACUGCCCUGUUGGCGGUAACAAAUCCUCAGACGGUUGGAUUGGGCUGGUUUUUAAUCCCAGUGAUGUUGUUGGGCAUCACACUCAUGCUGGCCGCGGCUGUGUUGAUCAACAAUGUACAGCGGCGAUAUCCGCUCUACUGGUGGACAUCACAUCCAUUGGCUACCCCUAGGCUGGACCUGGAGGAGAUUCGACAUGAGAAACCAGCCAGUUUCCCUGGGAAUUACGAGGACAGUCUGACCGAUGUUCCUCGAAGGCUAGUGAUGGAGCGGGGUGAUAUCUCAGUGCCAGAUGGGGUGACACUGUCCGCUGAAGAGACAGCAGUAUUGGAAAAGAUCAGUGAAAGACUCUAA